CCACAGACGAGGCCCCAUAAUGCUGAGGAAACACACAUUUAACACAUGAUGUGUGACACGAUCGUCGGAAUCUUUCAUACGUCAGUGAUGUAAACAGUGUGUCAGAGUCGCUGCUCUUUAAGUACACUGUGAAGCUUUAGAAGGAAGUGCAGAUGAAUAAUUCAACAGAAGAGGAAAUCUCUUUCUACAGUACUACAUCAGCUCUGCUUGCUCAUUUGCAUAAACAGUUGAAGCUCCAUCCACACUCUGUACACAUGUAUAAAUGACUCAAACAGGUGAACCUGCAGCGAGUUUACACACUGAUCAGAGGAAGAACUUAACUGAAGCUCCGCCCACAUCCCUCCAGAAUGGGGUUUGACACUAACAGUGAGUUGAUUGACAGCAGGUCAAAGGUCAGCUUCUGCUCGGGCUCAUGUCAUGCAGAGCACAUCCUGCAGGUGAUGAACGCGUACAGACGCAGCGGGAUGUUCACAGACGUGGUGUUGCAAGUGGACGGCUGCGAGUUCCCAUGUCACCGCGCCGCCCUCUGCGCCACCAGCGCAUUCUUCCACCGCAUGUUCAACAGUCACUUCCAGGAGAGCCGGCAGGCCGUCGUCAAGCUCCAGGGAAUCUCCGAGAGAGCCAUGGAAAAUCUCCUCAACUUCAUAUAUGAGGGCAAACUAACGCUGGACGAGGAGAACGUGGAGAGCAUCUUCCAGGCGGCCGAUCAGCUGGAUGUUCCGGUCCUGUCCAAAGCCUGCGUGCAGUUUCUGCAGAAAUGCGUCAGUCACUCCAACUGUCUAGGCCUCAUGGACUUCGCCAGCUCAUACUUCCUCCAGCCGCUGCAGGAGCAGUGCCAGAACCUGCUGUACCAGGACUGUGAGGAGGUCUUCAAACACGACGAGUUCCUCAGUCUGCCCAAAGCCAGAGUGGUGGAGCUGCUGGCUUGCGAGCAUCUGCAGGUGUCUGAGGAGGUUCUGGUGGCGGCCGUUCUCCGCUGGAUCCAUCACAAACCUGCAGAGAGAAAACAGGAUAUCCGGGAGCUGCUGGAGAAGCUGCGUCUUCCUCUGCUGGAUCCGGCGUUCUUCACGAGCGUGUUGGAGGCCGAUGAUCUGGUGCAGGACUGCAGAGACUGCCGACCGCUGCUGCAGGAGGCCAGACUGUACCACGCUUACGGGCGAGAGGUCAGCUCAGAGCGCACCAAACCCAGGAGGCGUUCUGGUUGGGCAGAGAUCAUCUUUGUGAUCGGUGGCUGUGAUAAGAACGGUUUUUCUCGACUGUCUCACACAGAGAAGUUGAAUCCCCUCACAGGAGACUGGCUCUCUGCCGCCACACUGCCCGGAUACUCUAAAUCUGAGUUUUCAGCCUGUGAACUUCAAAAUGACAUUUAUUUAUCAGGUGGGCAGCUGAACAACACGGACGUGUGGUGUUUCAUGUCUCGUCUCAAUCAGUGGGUGCGUGUGUGCGGACUCAACAGAGGCAGAUGGAGACACAAGAUGACUUCCAUGUGUGGAAAAUUGUAUGUAGUUGGCGGUUACAACGGUCGUGAGCGCUUGUCUAGCGUGGAGUGCUACAGUCCCCAUGACAACACGUGGAAGAGCGUUGCUGAUCUCUUACUUCCUGUCACUUCUGCUGCCGCCACCAGCUGCUGUGGGAAACUCUACGUUAUUGGAGGAGCCGUGAGUGAUGUCACCAACACUAACAAGGUUCAGUGUUAUGAUCCAGUGAGUGAGCGUUGGGUGUUUGUGUCGUCAUGUCCGUUCUCUCAGCGCUCCAUCAGUGCCGUCUCUCUCAAUGGCUGUAUUUACGUCGCCGGUGGUCUGCUGGACAACAUCUUCUGUUACACACCGAGUGAAGACUCGUGGAGUAAAGCUGGCACGCUUCCCAUCAGACUGGAGGGCUGUGGACUGACUGUGUGUAAUGGGAAGGUUUAUGUUGUCGGUGGGCGUGACGAGUGUUUAGUCGCUGUUGACCGGAUCUGGGCGUUUGACCCGUUGAACGGUAAACUGACAGAAGAGAAAUCGCUGUUGCGCUGCCUCAGUUACCACGGCUGUGUCACUGUACUUCAGCGUCUCUGAUCCACAACAGCCAAUCUAUCAGACAAUGAUACAGGACAGCCAAGCAGAGCACCUCAAAAAGAAAGAAGCCAAUCAAAAAAAGACCUUCAUCAAUAUUGCUUAUUUCAUCAUUCAGACCCUCGACACAAUCAUCAGCUUUACAAGAGACACAAGUGUUAUUUCAUCCACACCAGUGUCAGAAAUUAACCAUGACUCUGCACAAAAAUGGCACUCUUUUUUAUCCAGUAUAUAUUAUUAAAUCCAGUAUAUAAAUACUAUAUUCUAGGCAUAUCUAGUUUUAGAUCUAGAGUUUAGUAUAUGUUUGAAGUAUUUGACAAAUGGAUGUCAUGCAGAUUAAAAAAGGUAAAGAUUCCACUGAGUACAAAAUUCAGAUACAAACAACUUCUUCCACAUUAACUGCACCAGCUCGUUUCUGCUCAUCAAACAGUAUUCAUGAUGAGGAAGUUUAUAAAUGGCAAAGUUCCUUUUACACGAGCAAGCUCUUAUUACAAGUGUAAGAUAAUCAUCUCAGAGUUGAAUGUAAAUGAUUCAACAGGAAUCUGGUGUAACUAGAUAAAACUGUGGCUUUCUAAGUCUUUUCUGUCAUGAUGAGUGACAUCAUCACCUUUUUCUUAUGAGAUUCUGUCACAUUCCAUAGCGCUUGUAAUAGUUUUCCAGAAUAAUCUCUCUUGAAAGACUAAAUAUUUCUGAGAAAAACACGUGGAGUUUGAACUGCUCCAAUGUGUUCUCUGUUGCAGGAGUUUUCAAACUUUUUAAUGCCAGGGACCCCCAAAUAUUAUAAAAUAAUAAUCAGCUGUUACAUUACAUUUUACGACACGCAAGCAUUUCUGUUUAUGGAUGUGAAAUCUAUAAUGCACACAAAUGGAAAUCCCAAUGUGAAUGUGAAUCAUUUUGUACUAUGAAACAUUGUUUUG